AUGGAAGAAAGCAUAACAGAAAUUCAAGAACAGAAUCGUGUUUUACAAGAACAAAUCAAAAACUUAAAGAUAAAAAAUAUUGAAUUAAUUCAAAAUAAUCAUGAAAAUCUGCAAUGCAACUUACAACUUCUUGCUGAUAAAGAGGAAAUAUUAAAAGAAAAUGCUAAUAUCAAACAAAAAAUAGAUGAACUUGAAUUACGAGUUGAAGAAUUAA